GCAGUGGUUUGCUAGCGAACAUAAAACCGAAACAUUAAAGAUCUUUAGACCAAUCUUGUUUAUAUUAAUCUUAGUGUUUAGAACACAAUUAUAUUUACGUAUCUACUGGUUCAUUUAAACGUGAUUUGCUUGUUAAAUUAGCAAAUGUGCUAAAUUGAUACUGCACGAGGCUAAUCUCCCGGAGCAUGAGGUCACUUAGCAAGACGGAGAAAGAAGCUCUGGUGAAAAGAGAGGAAGAAGCUUUCAGAAUGAAAAAUUAUGAAGAUGAGGCUAUCAUAUUGAAAAAAGAGAAUGGAUUGAAAGAAGAGCCCUUUGGAGUGAAAGAGGAAGAGGAGGCUAUCUCUAUAAAGGAGGAGGAGGAAGACGUUUUGGGAGUGAAAGAGGAGACUGAAGAUCCGAUUACCACCAGAGAGAGACAUGACUAUGGUGGAUCCUCUGGGAAGCCUCAACAACAUCCUGAUGCUGACGAGGCAGAGAAGAGUCUCUCCAGAUCAGAACACCAGAUGGACAACGCUAGCCCUUCCUCCCUCCCGGAGUCCCUGUAUCGUGCCUCUCCCGGUAGCACCUUACUGCUGGGUAUGAAGAGGUUGUCUGUGCUGCUGGUGGACUGCAGGAAAACAACGGGGCUGAGUGGAACUGUGAGAGGAGGAGAAGAGAAGAAAGGAUCAGAUUUGACUCAUCAAAGAGAAAGACCAGAUUCAGAGGAACCAGAGACGUCCAAACCGGCAAAACAACACGACUGUUCCCACUGUGGAAAGAGUUUUACAGAGUUAGGCAACAUGAAAAGGCAUGAAAGGACACACACAGGUGAGAAGCCUCAUCAAUGCUCUCACUGUGGAAAGACUUUUACCGAGUUAUGGAGCCUGAAAACACAUGAGAGAAUACACACAGGGGAGAAGUUGUACUACUGCUCCCAGUGUGGAAAGAGUUUUACCCGGUCAGGGCACAUGAAAGAACAUAAGAGAACACACACAGGGGAGAAGCCUUACCUCUGUUCCCAGUGUGGAAAGAGUUUUACCCACUUAUGUAACCUGAAAACACAUGAGAGAUUACACACAGGGGAAAAGCCUUACCACUGCUCCCAGUGUGGAAAGAAUUUUACCAGGUCAGGGCACAUGAAAGAACAUAAGAGAAUGCACACAUUGGAGAAGCCUUACCUCUGUUCCCAAUGUGGAAAGAGUUUUACCCACUUAUGUAACCUGAAAACACAUGAGAGGUUACACACCGGGGAGAAGGAUUAUGAAUGCUCUCCGUGUGGGUUGAGGUUUACCACUUUAGGGUACCUGAAAUCACAUGAGCGAACACACACAAGAGAGAAGCCUUUCCACUGCUCACAGUGCAGAGAGAUUUUCACCCAGUUAGGGAGCCUGAAAAGGCAUGAAAGGACACACACAGUUGAGAAGCCUCAUCAUUGCUCUCACUGUGGGAAGACUUUUACCCAGUUAGGGAGCCUGAAAAGACAUGAGAGAAUACACACAGGAGAAAAGCCUCAUCAUUGCACUCACUGUGGGAAGACUUUUACCCAGUUAGGUGGCCUGAAAAUGCAUGAGAGAAUACACACAGGGGAGAAGCCUUACUGCUGCCCCCAGUGUGGAAAGAGUUUUACCCGGUCAGAGCACAUGAAAGAACACAAGAGAACACACACAGGGGAGAAGCCUUAUUGCUGCUUCCAGUGUGGAAAGAGUUUUACCUACUUAUGUAACCUGAAAACACACGAGAGAAUACACACAGGGGAGAAGCCUUACCACUGCUCCCAGUGUGGAAAGGGUUUUAACCAGUUAGGGGUCCUGAAACGACAUGAGAGAAAACACACAGGAGAUAAGGAUGUAGGAUGUUGAAUUGUAGAACAUUGGAUGGAUAUAGGACAGAUGCUGGCUGAACAGUAGAAUAUAGGACAGAUAUAGCCUCUGAACAGUAGGAUAUAGGACAGAUGCUGGCUGAACAGUAGGAUAUAGGACAGAUAUAGCCUCUGAACAGUAGGAUAUUAGGACGGAUAUAGCCUCUGAACAGUAGGAUAUAGGACAGAUAUAGCCUCUGAACAGUAGGAUAUAGGACAGAUAUAGCCUCUGAACAGUAGGAUAUAGGACAGAUGCUGGCUGAACAGUAGAAUAUAGGACAGAUAUAGCCUCUGAACAGUAGGAUAUAGGACAGAUAUAGCCUCUGAACAGUAGGAUAUAGGACAGAUGCUGGCUGAACAGUAGGAUAUAGGAUAGAUAUAGCCUCUGAACAGUAGGAUAUAGGACAGAUAUAGCCUCUGAACAGUAGGAUAUAGGACAGAUGCUGGCUGAACAGUAGAAUAUAGGACAGAUAUAGCCUCUGAACAGUAGGAUAUAGGACAGAUGCUGGCUGAACAGUAGGAUAUAGGACAGAUAUAGCCUCUGAACAGUGUAUGUUCCAUACUGCAUGUAUUAUAGUGGAUUUGUUUGCUGACUUCACAAAAUAAAUGUCCAUGUAAAUGGGCUAGGUCUAAAUGUCGAUGUAAAUGGGCUAGGUCUAAAUGGGCUAGGUCUA